AUGCUGAAAAGUGAAACAAAAGUUAUACCAUUUAAUAAAGUACAAGGUGUAGCUUCAACAAAUGUUCAUGCAUAUUCAAAUGGUGAUGGAGAGUUCUUUUCUGUUGAACGUCAUUAUUUACAUGGAAUAUUUAUGGGUUUUAAAUGGCAAUGUGUUGAAUUUGCACGUCGAUGGUUAUUAAUGCGUAAAAGUUGUAUAUUUCCACCUGUACCACAUGCUGCUGAUAUGUGGAAUGAUCUAAAAUAUGUUGAACGUGUUACUGAUGGUAAAAAAUUUCCAGUUAAAGUAUUUCCAAAUGGUUCACCACAUAAACCAAAACCUGAUUCAUUAUUAAUUUAUGCACGUAAUGAUGAAUUAACAUUUGGUCAUGUUGCAGUUAUAUGUGAUGUUGUACCUAAUUUUAUUCGUAUAGCUGAACAAAAUUAUAUUUAUCAUAGUUGGUCAGAUAACUAUGCACGUGAAAUUCCUUUAAUUAUUAAAGAUAAUUGUUAUUUUAUUGAAGAUGAAGAUGACAUCUGUGGUUGGAUUGAAAUCGAUGAUAAUGAUGAAUUACAACCAUUAGAUGAAACAAGACUUGAUACAAUAUUAAAACAGUAUCAAGAAGCUACACCCAUAGGCACAUUAAACCGUUGUUCAAUAACAGAUAAAGAUUUUCAUUCAAUUAAUAAUUGGUUAAAUGAAGAUGAUCCAGCAGAAAAAUAUUUCAUUCAAUUAUAUGGACCAAAUUUAAUACGUGCUAAUACAGAUACAUUACCUUAUUAUAAAGUUGAUCAAAAUUUCGCAUUAUCUGUAGGUAGUACAUCAAAUGAAUUACAUGAAAUGUUUAUGGAUGCAACAAAUUAUGUUAUUGAAAAUGAUGAUGUAUUAAGAAAUUUUUGUAUACCAGAAAUUUUCUGGCCCAAACUUCGUCAAUCAUGGUUACAUGAAAGAGAUUUAAUGAUGACUGGACGUUUUGAUUUAGCAUUUGAUGGUCAACAAUUAAAAACUUUUGAAUAUAAUGCUGAUAGUGCAUCAGCAUUAUUUGAAAUGGCUAUUAUACAAGAAAAAUGGGCAGAAGCUGCUAAAAUUGAUCAUACAUUUAUGUCUGGAUUUCAAUUACAUCGUUUAUUAGUUAAAAAUUGGCAAAAAGUUUGUUCACAUAUAAAUAUAAAAUAUGUUCAUUUAUUAAUUGAUAAUGAUCCAGAUGAAAUUUUAACAUCACUUUAUAUGCAACGUGUUUUAAAAGAAGCAAAUAUUGAAUCAAAAUUAUGUAUUUUAUAUGAUAAUUUAUAUUGGAAAGAUUCAAAAAUAAUUGAUAAUGAUGGUAAUGAAGUACAAUUAGUAUGGAAAACAUGGAUGUGGGAAACUGUUUUUCAUGAUUAUUUACAAGCUGAACAAGAUGAAAGUUUAAAUAAAAAAAUAAAUGGUGAACAUCCACGUUUAUGUCAAAUUGUAUUAAAUGAUCAUAUUAAAGUUAUUGAACCAUUAUGGAAAGUAAUACCAAGUAAUAAAGCAAUAUUACCUAUUCUAUGGUCAAUGUUUCCUAAUCAUCCACAUUUAUUACAUAGUGAAUGGACAUUAACAGAUGAUUUAAAACAAAAUGGUUAUGUUAAAAAACCAAUUGUUGGUCGUUGUGGACAUAAUGUUACUUUAUAUGAUGUUAGUGGAGAUUCUAUUCUUGAUGAAACAAAAGGAAAAUUUGUUGAUAGAGAUGUAAUUUAUCAAAAAUUAUUUUCAUUACCAAAAUAUGAAGAUUAUUAUGCUAUAAUUGGUAGUUGGAUUGUACAUGGAUUAUUUGCAGGAUUUGGUAUACGAGAAGAUAAAAAAUUAAUAACAGAUGCAGAGAGUCCUGUAGCUGCUUGUUGUAUAGUAUGGAAAUAA